GUAUGAGAAUGAGCUGGUCCUCCGUCAGACUGUGGAGGCUGAUAUUAAUGGCUUGAGAAAUCUCCUGGAUGAUCUCACUCGUACUCGAUCUUCACUGGAAUCCGAGCUGGAGUCCUUGAAGGAUGAGCUGAUCGCUCUCAAGAAAAACCAUGAGGAGGAAAUGAGGCAGCUGCAGUCUCAAACCGGCGGCGACGUGAGCGUGGAGGUCAAUGCUGCCCCUGGCGAAGACUUGACGAAGACGCUGAACGACCUGAGAAACGAAUACGAGCAGAUCAUUGAGAGGAACCGCCGAGAGGUUGAGCAGUGGUAUGAAGUCAAGAUUGAAGAAGUCAACCGGCAGGUCACUUCCAGCAGCCAGGACAUCCAGACAAGCAACCACCAGGUCACUGAGUUGAGACGCGAACUGCAGAACCUGGAGAUCGAACUGCAGGCGCAGCUCAGCACGAAAAACUCUCUGGAAAACUCCUUGGCAGAAACCGAAUCUCGCUACGGCUGCCUGCUGCAACAAAUCCAAGUGCAGAUUAACGCCGUGGAGGAGGAGCUGGCCAGCAUCCGCUGUGAGAUGGAGAGUCAGAACCAGGAGUACAAGAUGCUCCUGGGCAUCAAGACCCGCCUGGAACAGGAGAUCGCUCAGUACCACGCACUGCUGCAGGAGGGACAGCAAGACAUUGUAACGUCUCAUGGAGCUGCCCAAGGAGGAGGAAUAUCCUCCCACUCUUACUCUUCUACUUCCUACUCUCAUGGUCAAUCUUGUGACAAGACAGAAACAGGCUAA